AUGGAAUAAUGCAAGAUAAUGUUGAUGGAAAACCUGUAACUGCCCAUCUUUUUGAAUACACCACUCAAUUAAUGAUUGAUAGUGAAUUCAAUAUUCGUGGACAGGACAAAAAUAUUCCUCCAGUUCAAGUCUUAUUUUGUUUAAAAGAAAAGAAUGCUAAAAAAUUAAAUUCUCAUCGUUGGUUUUUCAAUGCUUUUGCUGCUCAAUUGAAUCCAAAUGUCUGCGUUUUGCUUGAUGUUGGUACAAAACCUUCUCAUACUUCAAUUUAUCAUCUAUGGAAAGCUUUUGACCGUGAUCCUUAUGUCGGUGGUGCUUGUGGUGAAAUAAAAGCAGAACUUGGAGCAGGAUGGAGGAAUCUUAUGAAUCCUUUGGUCGCAUCUCAAAACUUUGAAUAUAAAAUGUCCAAUAUUUUAGAUAAACCAUUAGAAUCUGUUUUUGGUUACAUUUCCGUUUUACCAGGUGCAUUCUCUGCAUAUCGAUAUAAAGCUUUGCAAAAUACUUCCCCCGGUAAAGGUCCUCUUGCAUCUUACUUUAAAGGUGAAACUAUGCACGGUUCAGGUGCUGCUAGUGCCGGUAUCUUUGAAGCAAACAUGUACUUGGCUGAAGAUCGUAUUCUAUGUUUCGAAUUAGUCGCUAAAAAAUAUGAAUCAUGGAAAUUGAAAUAUGUCAAGUCUGCUAAAGCAGAAACUGAUGUCCCAGAUACUAUACCUGAAUUUAUUUCUCAACGUCGUCGUUGGUUAAAUGGUUCUUUCUUUGCUGCUUUCUACUCUGUUGCCAACUUUACACGUAUCUGGACUUCUGGUCAACCAUUUUACCGCAUGUUAAUGUUACAACUUGAAUUCAUUUAUAAUGCCAUUCAAUUAUUAUUUAAUUGGUUCGCCUUGGGUAACUUCUUCUUGGCUUUCUUCUUUCUUACUCAAUCCACCACUUCAAAUCCAGAAACUGAUCCUUUCCGAGGUUUUGGAAACGAGCUAUUUGAAGCUGUACGAUCGUUAUAUCUGAUGGUCAUUAUAACGAUCUUCAUUUCUUCAAUGGGUAAUCGUCCUCAAGCAAGUCCUCCAAUUAAUUUCAAGAGUUUUGCGAGCAUCCAAGCUGCUUUAAAACGGGCUGCUUUCCGUGAUAUCGUAAUCUCCAUUGUUUCAACUUAUGGUUUAUAUUUCGUUACGUCCUUCAUUCAUGGUGAACCCUGGCACAUGUUUACCUGUUUAUUACAAUAUAUUUUACUUGUUCCUUUCUAUGUCAAUAUUCUCAUGGUUUAUGCUUUCUGCAAUACCCAUGACGUUUCUUGGGGUACAAAGGGUGACAAUGGUAAUUCCGGAAAUUUAGGUGGUGCACAGGCAGUGACAGGGAAAGAUGGUAAACAAGUGUUUAAAGUCGAAAUUCCCACUGAAAGAGCCGAUAUCAAUGCUGCAUACGAUAAGAUUACUAGUGAGUUAAAAGUUAAAGUUCACGAAGAGAGACAACAUCGUGAUAGUUCUACGAAAAAGGAUGAUUAUUAUAAAUUAUUUAGAACAAAUUUAGUGCUUACAUGGAUGUUUUCAAAUGGUUUCCUUAUUUUAUUCUUUACAUCAAAUACUUGGCAAAGAUAUAUCAAUACCAUUUAUCCUGGUGGUGCUUACAAUCCUUAUUUGACCUUUG